GCCUCUUCGGGUCCCCAGCAGUCAUUGGCUCGGUGCGGUUUCCUUGGGGACGUGGCGCCGCUGGCGGCCAGGCCUCCUUCCGGCUGCUCUGGGAGCCACGGGGAACCGCUGAGGACCAGGCUGGGCUGUGCAGAGGGACGAGCGGGCCUCGGGAUCCCGCUUCAGCCUUAGGAGAUGCUGGGGACAAGGAGGCCACCCUCUCAGGGCAAAAGGAAAAGGAGGUGACAGACGUCAAGACUACUGAAGGGAACCCAUGGCUAGGAUCAGUUUUUCCUACCUCUGCCCAGCCUCCUGGUACUUCACUGUGCCCACAGUGAGCCCAUUUCUCCGUCAGCGGGUGGCAUUACUGGGACUCUUCCUUAUACCCUGUCUCCUUUUACUUCUCUUGAUCAUGGACUUGGGACAUCGUGGCACUUCGUCAGCACGAGAUAGGCAGUACGAGAGGUAUUUGGCUCGGGUAGGAGACCUUGAAGCCACCAACACCGAAGACCCAAAUCUGAAUUACGGACUUGUGGUGGACUGUGGUAGCAGUGGCUCCCGGAUUUUUGUUUACUUCUGGCCAAGACAUAAUGGGAACCCCCAUGACUUACUGGACAUCAAACAGAUGAGAGACCGAAACAGCCAGCCUGUGGUUAAGAAAAUCAAGCCAGGAAUCUCCGCAAUGGCAGAUACUCCAGAACAUGCCAGCGAUUACCUGCGACCUCUUCUGAGUUUUGCUGCUGCUCACGUGCCUGUGAAGAAGCACAAGGAGACCCCCCUUUACAUCCUCUGCACAGCGGGCAUGAGGUUGCUCCCUGAGAGGCAACAGUUGGCUAUCUUGGCUGAUUUAGUGAAAGAUUUGCCAUUGGAGUUUGACUUCCUCUUUUCACAGUCUCAGGCUGAAGUGAUCUCUGGGAAGCAGGAAGGAGUUUACGCAUGGAUUGGAAUCAACUUUGUUCUGGGACGAUUUGACCAUGAAGAUGAGUCAGAUGCUGACACUUCCCUGGACUCAGCAGCAGGACGCAGGAGGACAGUGGGGAUACUGGACAUGGGAGGAGCUUCUCUCCAAAUUGCCUAUGAAGUCCCUACCUCAACCUCUGUCCUUCCUCCCAAACAGGAAGAAGCAGCUAAGAUCCUGUUGGCUGAGUUCAACCUGGGCUGUGACGUGCAGCACACGGAGCAUGUGUACAGGGUUUACGUCACCACCUUUCUGGGCUUUGGAGGCAACUUUGCCCGGCAGCGCUAUGAAGACCUUGUGCUGAAUGAAACGCUUAACAGAAACAGACUGCUGGGCCAGAAGACAGGCCUGAGUCCUGACAACCCAUUUCUGGACCCCUGCCUGCCUGUGGGACUCACAGAUGUGGUGGAGAGGAACAGCCAGGUCCUGCAUGUCCGAGGAAAGGGUGACUGGACCACUUGUAGGGCAAUGCUGAGCCCCCUGCUGGCCCGCUCCAACACCAGCCAGGCCUCGCUGAAUGGCAUCUACCAGUCACCGAUUGACUUCAACAACAGCGAGUUCUACGGUUUCUCUGAGUUCUUUUACUGUACAGAGGAUGUGUUGCGUAUCGGUGGCCGCUACCACGGGCCAACAUUUGCCAAGGCUGCUCAGGACUACUGUGGCAUGGCAUGGCCAGUGCUCGCACAGAGAUUCAAGAAUGGCCUCUUUUCUCCACACGCAGAUGAGCAUCGGCUCAAGUAUCAAUGUUUUAAGUCAGCUUGGAUGUACGAAGUCCUGCACGAAGGGUUCCACUUCCCCUACGACUAUCCAAACCUGCAGACAGCACAGCUGGUGUAUGACCGAGAGGUGCAGUGGACCCUGGGAGCCAUUUUAUAUAAAACCCGAUUCCUGCCACUCAGGGACCUUCGGCAGGGAGGUGUCCGGCAAGCCCAUGGCAGCUGGUUCCGUCUCUCCUUUGUCUACAACCACUAUCUCUUCUUCGCCUGUACCCUGGUGGUGCUGCUGGCCAUCGUCCUGUACCUUCUGCGAAUCCACAGAAUUCAUCGCCGACAAACUCGAGCCUCGACUCCGUUGGACCUGCUGUGGAUUGAACAAGUGGUGCCGAUGAUUGGGGUGCAAGUGGGGCCGUGAGGCUGGACUGGGACCGGAGAAACUCCAAAACCUUAGGACUGCUGCUUCUUGAAUUCCUCCACUUUCAUCAACUGGCCUCAGAUGCUGCUUUGGCCUGGGAAUUUCUACUUCUUUAAUUUUUUUUUGCCCAGGACAGGACCUUUUCUCAGAAGCCGUAAUGUAAUCUGUGAGGAACUAAGUGGCGAGAGGCCAGUGCUAACACAGGGGACCAAGCUUAGCCCAAAUGAAGCAUGCUUCUCUUUUAUCACAGAAAGCUAGUAUGUUUCUGGGAUGUAGUAUUUCCCCCUCUUGCUGAAGCAAGUUUUUGAUUGGGCAACUGGAAUCGUGGUUGAACUUGGAUUGACUGAUAAGACAGCCAGAGAGAUUCCAGCAAGUGCAGUUGCCCCUGCUUUCUCUGUAACAGAGAUAUCCUUAUGUGGAGAUCCACAGCCUUGAAUAGGGACCCAAGAUCUCUGAGGUUCAGUGGACCAGGAUCUCAAGGCAACCAAAACGAUACAACUUCCUUGCUUACUUGACAUCCCUGACAGUGUUGCUGAUUACGUUAAGUAGAUCCGAGAGGCUGGACCCCUUUGAAGUGAAUGAUCCAUUGACGACCUGACAGUAUUUUAUCUGACACUUGGUCUGACUAGCACAGAACACAUUUCCAUGUCUGUGUGCCUCACAGGCUGCUGGGCAUCCACGUUGCCUUUUGAGCCGUAAGCGUGCUUAUGGAAUGGAGAAACUACCAGGACAGGUUUGCCUGUUUUCAGGUUACUGCCUCAGGCAUAUUUUUCUGUGCAGAAGAUUCAAAGCAACUUCCCUCAUUUCACUGCUGAGAUCUUACGUAUUUUGGGAUGGGAUGUAUUUGUUUGGUCUUUUUUGUUUGUUUGUUUGUUUAAGGAAGAAUAGUAUCAAGAGAGUAGGCAAAGGCAGUAAAAUCAAAGUUGAGUCUUUUGGGGGCUGCGGUUUCGAGACAGGGUCUCACUGUGUAUGUCGCUCUGGCUGUCCUGGAAUUCACUCUGUAGACCAGGCUGGCCUGAUUUCAAACUCACAGAGAUCCCCCUGCCUCCCAGGUGCCGGAAUUAAAGGCAUGUGCUACCAUGCGGGGCUUAAAAUCAAAGUUCUUACCUAUUUUUGGAAUGUUUGAAAGAAAGCAAAUUCUAAACUUUGGAAUAACUAGAUAAAUCUUCCAUGGAGCAGGCUGGCCAUUUGUUUGGACAUCUGUCACAAAUAGCACUUCCUUUACUGGGGAGAGGAAAGCCAUACCAUGUACUCACCACAGCCUCUCAGAAACCGGCCCCUCUGCAGCCAGCCUUCCAGACACUCAACGUGUCAGCUCCUCCUGCCCCCAUGGACUAUUUCCCACAGACCCAUGAGGGGCCUGCCUGCGAUUGUUCCCAGGGCAGAAAUAGUAGCUUGAUUUCUUUUUGGGAGUAAGGCAAAUCUCUUGAGCCCAAUUUUUUUAGGUAGCCAAGGCUAGCCUUGAACUCCUGAUCCUCCUGCCUCUGUUUCCUCACAGUGCUGGGUUUAAAGGUGGGUACCACCAGACCUGGCUCAUUUCCUUUUCAUUUUGCCAAAGUCUUUUAUUUGUAGGGUUAGAAUAGAGAAAAAAAAAUUCUAAAUUUAAAGAAUAAAAAUGGGACUUCUUUGAAAACAGAUUCCAUACUGGGAACAGAAAAGAAAUACUUUAUGAAAUGGAAAAAAACUAAGAUGGCCUAGGGAUAAGCCAAGGUGAAGAUAAAUAAAUAUAUUAGCUCUGUGGUUAGGCAAGUUCUAAAUUAUUUUCUUCCUUUUUUCCUUUAUAGGCAGGGUCUCAUUAUGUAACCCAGGCUGGCCUGGUACUCAAUGAUCCUCCUGCCUCAUUGUGCUGUGAUUAUAGCUCUGCACCACCAUGGUGCACAUCAGAUAAGCAGUCGUCUAUCAAAGAGGCUUUCACUUUUACAUAUUUUGUUUUCCAUCAGGACUAUGUCAUUGACAUUUCUUUUCAAAUUUAAGGUUCUCUUUAAUUCUAUUUUUUAUGCCCUAUGAGUGAGCCUUUGCCUUUUUAAUGCUGCUUUAAAAUGACAAAAAUGUUCUUGCUAGCCAUUUGCCUCCUCAGGGAACUUUUCAUUUCAUCUUAGUUUCUAUGUACCAGUUUUGGUGUUCUUGGGAGAUCUUGUUAACAGUGGCUGUGAUUCACAAGCUCAAACUGAAGCUGGAGGGAGGAGAUGAGCCGUCCAGUUUUGAAGCCCUCCUUACCGAAUUUACUCUUCACCCUGACGGUACCAGUACCUACCAUUUGUCAAGCACUUACUUUGUAUUGCUCUUUAGAACGUUAUAUGUUCUUUGUAUAUGAUUUAAUCAUGACAGCCUUUUGGAUUGAUAAACCCUACAUUCUUUUUAUAGUUGAAAAAAUCUCAGGAUGCCUAUCUUUAUCAUUUUUCAAUAUAAAUAUAUUUCUUAAUUUAUUUUAAUUAGUCUGAGUUUUUGUUUUGUAUAUUAUAUCCUAUUUACUGUUUUAAUAUUAUGAGAUUCAGACUUUAUUAACAUAAGACUUCCCGAAGUUCCAUAGGUUAAGAACAAGAAGGGACACUUUGUUACAUGGUUGAGAACUGAGCAUAUUGCUCCUGACUGGUUCUAGGUUUUUCCCAUCACUCCCGUCGGGUGACAUCCUUUCAUUAGACAAGUUUUCACUCCAUCUGAGUGGUUUUUUUUUCUUUUUAAAAAUACUUCAGGUUUUACUUUUAAGUAAUUAGCUUAACUUUGAACAAUUUUUUUUUCUUAACCACAGCAUUCCAAUAACAUAACUGCAAUCUGAGUGAAGGUACAAAUGCCUAAUAGAGCUCUCUACCUCAUUACAGAACUUGGUGGUGAUUCUUGGACAGUUUCCAGAAUGGGACUUGUGUGACUUCAUUUCAGUUGGGAGUAGCAAUGGCUGGUUCAGAGUCUCCUACUUUGUGCUUAGCCUCAGUCUUGCUGUCCGGAUGAUGGACUUCUGCCAAAUUUGUAAGGAUUUGAUCGGUGCCACAAAAGUUGGUAUGUUCAAAAGUGAGGUCUCAGAACCAAGCUUUGGCACCUUUGACUAACAACAGAGUAACGAAUGAAUGCACCGAAAUCAAAUACUUAUAGGUGGUGUUCUGAAUUCUGAGUGGCUCUGUCCUUGGCUGCCACCUUGCUCCUAACUUGGAUCUGAUCUCACUGGAAAAGCCCUGCCAAUCCUGGAGUUUCUGUCUCUGUGGGUGGCUCAUUUAGGUUCUAUUUUGAGCCAUCUUGUCUUAUUUUAUAUCCCAAUAGGCUGCCAUUGUAGUAUUUCACAUUCCCCCUUUGCCCUAGUAUUUCAUUCUUUUUGUUCAUUAAUACUAUUAGAGAGACAGAGGAAAACCAUGCACCAAUAGACCAUUUUGUCUUUUGGAAAUCUGAGCAAUAAAGAGACCCUUUUAUAUGGUAAAGUGGAAUUAAUUGCUCAUAUAUAAGGGCUUCCAUUUUUUUCAAUUAUGAGACCAUUGUUCCCAUUUUUAUAAAAACCAGAGUUGAAAAUGUUCUGAGUAAUAGGAUGUUUAGUCCUGCAUGCAUGGCGGACAAGCUUGAAGAUAUGUCUACUUCUGAGCCCUCCUGACCGUAGGACAACAGCUGACAGACCCCCUCCCCAAAGAGCCCGCCCACUGUCCGCUCCCUCUGUUGUUACUCUCUACUUGCUGUAACGAAACAUCUGAGAUCAUUCAUGAAGAGAAAAGGGUUGUUUUGAUUCACAGUUUUAGAGGUCAAGUGUUCCCUCUGCUUGAGCCUGUGAUGAAGAAGUGCAUUGUGGCAGACGUGUGUAGCAAAGCGGAAUUGCUCAGCCAUGGCCAGGAUGCAAGAGAGGAUGGAGUUGGGAGUCUCACAUGUCCUCCAGUGACUUAAAGACCUAUGAAGCUGUGCCUACAAGGACCCACCACCUCCCAAUAAUGUCAUCCUGGGGCCAAGCCUUUAACAAGUGGGCCCUUGGAGGACACCCAAAUCUAAGCUACAGCAUGAUCUGAAGGCAGCCCUGGCAAUUCCUAAGCAGCCCACCCCAUGGAGCACAUUCCAAGGUUGGCUCCACUAGCAGUACAGGACCCGCCUCUUUAGCUUCUUCAGGCCGCGUCAGCCAGUAGGGAUCCUGAGUACUCUGCCUGCCAGGACUUCUGCUUCAAGUUCUCCUUCCACACUUUAUGUCUCCUGAAGCUGUAAAGUAUCUGCCACGUCUCCUCCGUGAUUUCUACCUUGAGUGUGGUCUCUGCGGUGGCUCUGGCAUCUCCAUUGUGACCUAGACCCAGACGUGCUGUUUUGGGUGCCUGGGACUGCUUUCCAGAUGCUUCACAUUCAGUAAGAAUUCUAUAGAAUUCCUAAAUUUCAUGAAUCGUUCUGAAUAUUCUGAUAAACAUGAAGCUUAUAAACAGAAAAUGUGCAAUGUCAUUGGAAUGGUGACUCAGUAACCCUCAUGUCGGGGCAUAGCUCUGUGUCACAUAUGCCCACAUAUAACCCACCAUUCACCGUAGGACCGGAAGGCUACAGGGAAACUGGCAUCAUGAUUCUCCAGAGUCGGUCUCUGUGACCAACUUCACUCUUGGCAGUCAUUAACCCUGCCACAGUAGAAGCAUAUCUCAGUGUAGGCUAAAGACAGAAAUCUGGACCACUGAGACAGUUCAGCAGGUAAGACCACAAGCCUGGCAACCUGAGUGUGACCCCCCAGAACCCACACAAAGAUGGAAGGAGAGAACUAACUCACACGACUUGUCCCCUGACCUCUGCAUGCACAUGCAUGUACAUAGUGUAUACUCCCCAUCAUAUACACACACAAUAAUAAGUGAAUUCUUAAAAAGAUUAAAUGAUGUCAUAAGAGUUAUGUCCUGAUCAACCCAAUGGGGCUCAUAAAAGAAAAAAAGAUAGAUCCUGGGUUAGCUGACUGAAAAUACAUGUUUUAAUUACUUUUAUGUUUAAAAACAAUUGACAGAACUGUUGACAGACUGUUAAAAACAUUAAAGGAAAUUUAUUUGA